GCGAGUGUCACUGUGCAGAGGGGGAAGCUGUUUAGCCAUGGCCUCCGUCUCCAUCUCCUACCUCGGGCCCUGAGCACAUCCCCAUUCCCCUAGCCUCAGCUCCUCCAUGCGAGGGCGGUGAUGGCGCCCGCCUCCGUCGCCGUCUCCCUCUCCUUCCGCGUCGUCCCGCCUCGGCCCUGCCGCCGGCGGGCGAGGUGGCCCCGGCCAAUUAGGGCUUCGAGCGACGGUAGUGGCGUCGCAAACGGGGACCGGAAGGUCGGGGCUCUGGAGAGGAGGGUGGGAGAUCUGAGGGCUGUCGUCGCCUCGGUGCCCCCUGCUGUUGCUGCGAUCAAGAAAAACAUUGGACUAAACUUUAUUGCUGGAUUCUGUCUCGGCAUCACACUUUUGGCUGCUGUUGCAAGACAGGUCAUCAUUAGGAUUCAUGAGCGUGACAAUAAAGGCUCUGUUGCUGACCUAAUAAGGCGUGGACAAUUAAAAUCAGGACAACGUGGGAUAGCAAAACCCCGAGUGUACGAUGAUCCUUUCAAUAAUCCAUUAGUCAAGAUUGAUGAGGAUACUUCUACCGCUCAAGUGUUUGGCAAGGAGUACCGGCUUGCUCCCAUUAGGCUUACAAAAGAACAACAAGCAAUGCAUCAGAAAAGGAGAUCACGUACGUAUCAGUGGAAAAGGCCCACUGUUUUUCUUAAAGAAGGUGAUUCCUUGCCACCAGAUGUUGAUCCAGAUACAGUUAGAUGGAUUCCCGUAAACCACCCAUUUGCUGCUGCUUCAACUGAAGUGGAUGAGGAGACUGCUAAACAAAAUGUUUAUCAAAAGGAUGGGGUCCCAUCCCGUGUCAAAGCUGAGCAUGAAGCUUUGCAGACAAGGCUAGAGGCUUCAAAUAAUGUUAACAAGUUCUCUUCUAGCCAAAGGAAUAUGCAGCUUAGUGACAGGCAACUAAGAUUAUCAUCAAACGAGUCAUCUGGGAGUCGGCAAAACUCGUUAUCUGGCACAGUGAAGAACCAAAAUGGUCAACCAACCUUGGAGUCUGAAAAGCGUAGCCCUGACAACAACUCACAAUCAAAAAGUCUGGAAGAACAAUAAAUUUGUGAUUUGUGUCAACUCCUUAGCACCUGCUUCAACAGCUUGUCAGCUUCGUUGUGUAGUGUACUGAGGACUCAGGUUUUAGCUGUAGAUAGAAGAAUUUUGGACCUGUAGGCUUACGUAGUGACUUGAGCAUAGGGCAUUGCUACGGAAUGUAUUUCGUAUGUUGUAAAGGGAUGGGCAUGAGCAUAGGGCAUUGCUACGGAAUGUAUUUCGUAUGUUGUAAAGGGAUAUUUUCUUUCUCAAGUUUUCCAGAUGCACCCCAGUUGCCUA